CCCGGGAAGUCCCUGUCCUUACCUUCAGCGGGAGCCCGCGCCUCCGUGUCAGCGCCCGUCCGCCGCCGCCCGCGCCGCUCUGCAGCUGCCCACUGCCCUCCCGCCGCCCACCAUGGCCCUGCUGCACUCCGGCCGCGUCCUGGCUGGCGUCGCCACCGCCUUCCACCCCGGCCUAGCCGCCGCGGCUUCCGCCAGAGCCAGCUCCUGGUGGACCCAUGUGGAGAUGGGGCCCCCAGACCCCAUCCUGGGAGUGACAGAAGCCUUUAAGAGAGACAGCAACAGCAAGAAGAUGAAUCUGGGCGUCGGUGCCUACCGGGAUGACAAUGGGAAGCCCUACGUGCUCCCUAGUGUCCGGAAGGCAGAGGCCCAGAUUGCGGCAAAAAAUUUGGACAAAGAAUACCUGCCCAUCGGGGGCCUGGCCGACUUCUGUAAAGCGUCUGCGGAGCUGGCCCUGGGCGAGAACAACGAGGUGUUGAAAAGUGGCCGGUAUGUCACCGUGCAGACCAUUUCCGGGACUGGGGCCUUACGGAUUGGAGCCAGCUUCCUGCAACGGUUUUUUAAGUUCAGCCGAGAUGUCUUCCUGCCCAAGCCGUCGUGGGGCAAUCACACCCCCAUCUUCCGGGACGCCGGCAUGCAGCUCCACGGGUACCGCUACUACGAGCCCAAGACGUGCGGCUUUGACUUCACAGGUGCUCUCGAGGACAUUUCGAAAAUGCCGCAGCAGAGUGUUCUCCUCCUGCACGCCUGUGCCCACAACCCCACGGGCGUGGACCCUCGUCCCGAGCAGUGGAAGGAGAUCGCAACGGUGGUGAAGAAAAACAAUCUCUUUGCCUUCUUCGACAUGGCCUACCAAGGCUUUGCCAGCGGUGACGGGAACAAGGACGCCUGGGCCGUGCGCCACUUCAUCGAGCAGGGCAUCAAUGUUUGUCUCUGCCAGUCCUAUGCCAAGAACAUGGGCUUGUACGGAGAGCGCGUGGGGGCCUUCACCGUGGUCUGCAAAGACGCUGACGAAGCCAAGCGGGUGGAGUCACAGUUGAAGAUCUUGAUCCGUCCCAUGUAUUCCAACCCUCCCGUCAAUGGGGCCCGGAUCGCUGCCACCAUCCUCAACACCCCUGACCUGCGCAAGCAAUGGCUGCAGGAAGUGAAGGGCAUGGCCGACCGCAUCAUCAGCAUGCGGACUCAGCUGGUUUCCAACCUCAAGAAGGAGGGCUCAUCCCACAACUGGCAGCACAUCACCGACCAGAUCGGCAUGUUCUGCUUCACGGGGCUGAAGCCGGAACAGGUGGAGCGGCUGACCAAGGAGUUCUCCGUCUACAUGACGAAAGACGGCCGCAUCUCUGUCGCGGGGGUCACCUCCGGAAACGUGGGCUACCUUGCCCACGCCAUUCACCAGGUCACCAAGUAACGUCCUUCUCCGAGGGAAGAGGGUCCGGCCUCUGCCGCCCCGAGAGCCCCCCACGAGAAGAGGGGCGGCGGCCAGCGGCUCCUCUCCUCCGACCACAGAGCUUAGCACUCAGCGCUUGGAUGUGUGUCUCAGACAAGAACUCGUAGUUGCAUAGGGCAGAGGCGGCCGUGGCUGGGGUCUGGACCUCUGUGGCGCUAAACCAAACUCUUCCCUCGUCCUCUGAUCUCCAGCUUUUCUGAAGGAGUUUACACGUACGAGAAAGUCCUAGUCUACCCCCACCCUCACCCUCACCCCAGGAGGGAAAAAAAAAAAAAACAA